CAGUGAGACUCGCGAGUCGCAUAUGAGCUGCAGGCCGCGCACUGAUCAACAGUUCAGAGAAGCCCUUGCAGGGAAGGUUGAAGUUGCAUGAUCACGUCCUUAUCUGCGAUACAAGACGCCCUCAGAGACUUACAAAGGCCGGAGAACGGAGAGGCAAAAAAGUGGGAGUAGGCAGAUAAGGGAAGAUAAAGAGGCAGGCUUGCGAGGCUUUGUGAGUGCGAGCUGCAAACAGAGGUGUAGAAGUGACGGCCACGGCAAGGCCACGGCUUACCACGUACUAAGUUUCUUGUGACUUGAACGUUUCUUGACUAGAAAAGCAGGGCUUUCUUAAGAAUAUUCUAGCAUGAAGAGGGCUGGAAGCGACACAAGGGCAAUGCGUGAAAGAAAGAAGGUCAUUUGGGACGAAGACAAUCUUGAGAAUAUUGAGGCCCACAAGCCGACCAGGCAGAAGAUUACGGAGCCAAAGACCCCGUACCAUGCUGCGGCUGCCUCAGAUGGGACGGUGUCACCUCAUGAUGAUGACAACGAGACAAUGGAGAUGGCUGCUCAGGCUGAGGCCAUCCGGAGUGCCCUGACUGAGGUGGCCUCUACGUCGGGGGGAGGCAACCAUGGCGGCCCUCGCAAGUCAGGGGGCGGUUGGACAUCGUCUGAGGACGAGGGGGCUUCAGCUUCAGAAGUUGAGGGCAUGGACGAGGAUGAGGCAGCAUAUGCAGAAGCCAAUGGUCUGCACCCCGAAACUUCUGAGGACCACGAGGACUUUGUGCGGCAUAGAAAGGCCCAUUACGACGAAUACCGGAGGUUGAAGGCUCUUCGUGCGCAAGGAAAGAAAGUAGUAGAGGACACCGAUGAAGAAGAGGAUUCCGCAAACAAAGGACCUCCCUUAGAAAACGGAACGGGGCCAGCUUCUCAUAGUUCUCAUCUACAAUCUUAACACUUGAUGGGUAGUGUAAGUUCACUUUGAAACAGAUCACUUCACUUGAUAUCAGCCCCGCAGUAACCUCCUGCAUCUUACAGCUUCAUCCCAAAAAUGGAAUGAGGUCCUCAAUUCGAUAGUGCCAGCGCAGUUGCGUAAAAUUCCUUAGGAAGGAAGGAUGUGGCCAUUGGGGAGUUCUUGCCUCAUGGUGCCAACAAGUCGUGAGGUUGGAGGGAUAGCAAAAUCAGGAGCCUUGACUUGAGAUGGAUACCGUAGGCAACGAAUCGUGUCCGAGUGUACAGAAGUGCUGUUAGCCUAAAGUAUGGCCGGUACUUGGCUUUUUGACCCGACCAGUAUGGCGCAAGCAAG